CUACCGGACCCCAACUUCGAUGCGCUCAUCAGCAAGAUCUACCCGAGUCGGGACGAGUACGAAGCUCACCAGGAGAGCGUGCUGGCCAGGAUCAACAAGCACAACAACCAGCAGGCACUGAGCCACAGCAUCGAGGAGGGACUCAAGAUCCAGGCCAUGAACAGACUACAGCGAGGCAAGAAGCAGCAGAUCGAAAACGGUAGUGGGGCAGAAGAUAACGGAGACAGUUCACACUGUAGCAACGCCUCGACCCACAGCAAUCAGGAGGCUGGCCCUAGCAACAAACGGACCAAAACGUCGGAUGAUUCAGGGCUUGAGCUUGACAAUAACAACGCCUCGGUGGCUAUCGACCCCGUGAUGGACGGGGCCAGUGAAAUUGAACUGGUAUUCAGGCCUCACCCCACGCUGAUGGAAAAAGACGACAGUGCACAGACAAGAUACAUAAAAACUUCAGGCAAUGCCACCGUGGAUCACCUGUCCAAGUACCUGGCCGUAAGGUUAGCUUUAGAGGAACUGCGGAGCAAGGGAGAGUCCAAUCAGAUGAACCUGGACACAGCCAGCGAGAAGCAGUACACCAUUUACAUCGCCACAGCCAGUGGCCAGUUCACCGUUUUAAACGGGUCCUUCUCUUUGGAGUUGGUCAGUGAGAAGUACUGGAAAGUGAACAAGCCCAUGGAGCUGUACUACGCACCCACGAAGGAGCACAAGUGAGCUUCUCAGAGCAGCUCUGGGACUGACGUCCCCACAGCCCGACUGGGACCUUCAGGCUGUCGGGCUCCGGGGCAGCAGUGGGUACGCCCUCGGGCUCCGGGGCAGUGGGUACGCCCAGUUUUCUCUCUGAGCCAGACUCGUUUACACUAUUCGAAUCUCUCCCCUUAAUUUAAGACUUUGUUUUUGGAAGGGACUACCAUUACUCAGUAUUUUUGCUUUUCUUUUAAAAAUAUACCUAAGUUGUGUGCUUUCACAACGUGUGGUUCCAUUUUGGAGCAACUUUUUUACCCAGGAAGUUUCGUAGUUUUCUGGUUUCUGUAUUCUUAAGAUUCAGCUGACCUCCUUCUUCCGCUGCUCUCAGAAGUUCCUUAGGCCUCUAGAAUGUUAAUAAGUAUUCCUACUUCCCUCUGACGUCUUAUAUAUUUAUAGUUUUCUAUAUAAGCUACAGAAUCUUCAUGAAGACCAAGGCUCAAAUUUACUGUGCUGAAAAACAAUUCUCAUAGGAUUAUUAUUUUCAUGGUAUUUUCUUCCGUAACAUCUCACCUCACACAGACGUCGUGAACUUAGUGUCCCUUGUAAUGCAAUGUUACUUUCCUCCCCCUGUAUUUUGGGAUUCCUGGUCUUGGGGAAGAGAAUCAAAUAAAAUCUUAGGUU